AUGGCAACGUCGAGUAGACCAUGUUCUAUCGAAGCGUGCAAAAGCCCAUCGCGGACGGUAUGUAUAUGCUGUGAUAAAUGUUAUUGUAUGGAACAUUUAGCACAACAUUUUGGCCGGAUUAAUAAUAAAAUACCACCUCUCUCUGAUAAAAUUAAUGGACUGGCUAAACGUUUGAAUAAAUUCGCCUCUAUCGAACCUUCUUAUCUUGUAGCAUUGGAAAAAUGGCGUGUUGAAGCUCAUAAAACAGUCGAAGACUAUUAUGAAUCAAAACGGCGGGAUUUUAUUGAUGAUAGACGUGGAAAACUAGAAAAAGAAGUAGAACGAGUACGACAUACAAUGGACAGACUCAUGCGAAAGCACGAUGCAGUUCAACAAGAUAUUGAUCUACUGACACAAGAUAUUCGAUUAAUUGAACAGAAGUUUAGCGAAUUUCAAAGUCUUCGUUUUACUAUUCACCCACUAGUUAUUGACGGUGAUCUUAUUAUUCGAGAUAUAUUUCCUUUACCUCCGCCUUGUCGAACUAUGAAAUUAUCAUUCGAUGAAUUUCCAGCUAUGGCUAGUAAUGAUAAAUAUUUACUAGUACAUCAGCCACCGAAUCUUUCAUUGCUUGAUCGACAUCUUGCAAUUAUUAAACAAGCACCAUGGACUCAGGGUGAAGUUUGGGAUAUUUGUUGGUCACAAGCACUGGGUCGAUUCAUGUUAGUAGCAAACAAAGAUAUCUUUACAAUUGAGCCAAGUACUAUGGCUAUUACAAAAUCGCCAUUAUCGUCGGAAAACGAAUUGAGUCGAGUAACUUGUUCUGAUUCUGCAUUGUUCCUAUUGACACAAGGAGUGGGCCCAACUAUUUUUGAAUAUAAAAUACCACCGUCGAGUAAAAACAGCAAAGAAAGACGUCCACCGGAGGCAUGCGCAGAAUCUGAAUAUGUGUUCGAUAUCCGAGCUAAUCAAAAAACACUUGCCAUGGUUAUCUUUAAUCCAGAAACUGAUAAAACACGUCUUGAUCUACGGUCGACCAUUAAUUUUCAGCGUCUUUGGUCAGUUGACGUGGGAGAAGGAUUUCGUUGUUGUUUACUUCACGGCGAACAAUGGAUGGUCGUCGAUGCGUUAAAUCGUCGACUUUAUCAUGUAUCUAAUGGUGGUAAACUUUUAAAAGCCGAUAAAUAUGCUCAUCAACCUUGGAAUAUUAUUCAAUGGGGUAAGUUUAUUAUCGGUAUAAGAACAAGCGAAGGUAUUAAUUUAUAUUAA